GGGUCCGCAGCGGCUGUCGCUCAGUUUGCGUCACAAUGCUUCCGUUCUGGGGGAGGUGGUGGGGUCUGUACUGGGGAUCCAGCGGACGGACGGCGAGUUAGAGGUGUGGAGCUGACGUGCGUCUCAGUCGGUUAAAUCAGUCCUCCAGACUUGGUUAACAAGAUGAAUGUUGGUGUGGCACACAGUGAAGUGAAUCCAAACACAAGGGUAAUGAACAGCCGUGGAAUAUGGUUGACCUAUGCGCUUGGAGUUGGAAUGCUUCAUAUCGUGCUCUUGAGCAUUCCCUUCUUCACCGUUCCUGUUGUGUGGACUUUAACCAAUGUAAUCCACAACCUGGGAAUGUAUGUCUUCUUGCAUGCAGUCAAGGGGACACCCUUUGAAACACCAGACCAAGGGAAAGCUAGACUUCUGACACACUGGGAACAAUUGGAUUAUGGAGUACAGUUCACAUCUUCCAGAAAAUUCCUCACUAUAUCACCAAUCAUUCUGUACUUUCUGGCCAGCUUUUAUACAAAGUAUGACCCGACACAUUGUUUUGUCAAUACAGUAUCUCUUUUAACAGUGUUGAUUCCCAAGCUGCCUCAACUACAUGGAGUUCGGAUCUUUGGAAUAAAUAAAUACUGAAUUAGAAGUCACCAUUUCUGCUCUAACUAGCUUGUUACAUUCACUGGGAAGACUUAAAACUGGUUGUCUGCUGUACUGUUAACUGUUAUUAGGAUGUACUGAGCAGUCUCUAUAGGUCUCUAUACCAUUUUCAUUGUUUGUAUCCAUUUCAAAAUGACUUGUAUCUUGGUUUUGUAAUAGGAUAAACAACGAAUGAAAUCUGGUAAUUAGAACAGGUAUAAUUAAUCCUGUAAAAAGCUUCCCAGGAAAUAAAAAAUCUGGGCGGGCCCAGCUCUGAAAUGGGAAGGAACGUAAUUAUACUUGUUGUCGCAGCUUUACAAAGUUGACCAAGUGUAUUAGAGAGGAGUUGCAUGAAAUUACUGCAACCUUGGACAGAGUGCAAGCAAAGCUUAUUUACUGAGGUACAGAAGAUUGGGGCACUGCCACAUAUGGGUGGCAGUAUUUGAAUUUUAUGAUUAUUGUCAUUUUUGAUUAAGAGCAUACUGUUUCUUUGAAGAUUCAGCAAAUAAUGGUACAGAACAAGAUUGUGAAUUAUAAAUAGCAGAUUCAUUAAUGUAUAUGAUAUGGAUUCACUUUUAUCAAAUUAAUCGAAUUAGUGAAACACUUUUACAUGGCAUGUUUUUUCCAAGUUGCCAGAGCUCAGUUAUUUGCAUUAGAUCAAUUUUGUAUUCCAGUGUGCUUAUGGAUGCCAGAAUUACAAGAUAGUAUUUUGGAAUGGGGGUGGGGAGGGGGGAAUCUUGAUGUGGUAUGUAAUGAUUAUGUGGUUAUUUUGGCUAAUAUUUUAAGAGGUUCUUUGAUACCAAAGGUUCCUCAACUCUUCUGUACCACUGAUCUACUUGAUUUUAGUGUUGGUAAUAAGAUUAAAAAUGCCAUUGGUCAUGUACUUGGAACUGCCAUGGCAACUUCUUAAUGUCUUGCAUGCUUUCCGGAAAAUCGUAUUAAGCAGGAGCUAACUGCAUAUGUAUAAAGAGGAUAUUAGACCUGUCACCCUAGCUGCUAUUGCACAGUUCUUAGCAGAUGGCUCAAUAGUAAAUAUUUGGGGGAUAACUUUUGUUCACCCUCUCAAACAUGUAUUUUCCCUUCCAUCUUUGUGACUCUUGCAGCUAAUUUAAGGGUCUGCAUAAGCAGCCCAAGUAUUGACUCAUCUUGUUUGAAGCCCCAGCAAGUUUCUGGAGAUAAUCAACAGCACAGAUGUCAAUUGACCUUGGUUUACCAUUCUGUAUUGUAGUAAGUGCUUACAAAAAAGACUUAAGUAUGUCAUUAUCAGAAACUACAAAUCUAGUCUAUUUCUUUGAACCUAUGAUUUAUAAAAAAAACUGGUAAAAAAAAAAUAUUUUUUAAUUUUAAAUCCUUUAACAGUUGCUCUUCCUGUUAGUAUUUCUAAAAUUGAAACCAUCUGUAUGUUCUAUGCAACUUUGUCUUUGGUGGAGAAAUUGAUUCUUAAACAAAUAAAACAGUUUUGAACCUGCAGAAUUAUGGCCCAUUUUUUAUUGUUAUAAAGGUGAUAUGAUUGACUUAGAAAUGUAAUGCUUCUGUUUUGAAUGGUUGCCUCCUUUUGACAUUUGAAGAAGCAGCAACAACUCUACUCAAUGUAAU